AUGGACAACAUCCGGCUUGCCAGUGCGCCCGUUCUACUGGACGAUGACUCGCUUCGGGUCAGCCCCGACUGGAGGAUGCGCUUGUUUCCACACGGGGCAGAAGAUGCGCGCAGGGCCAUUAAUGCAAUGAAUACUCUUCAGAGCACCAGAGGCGGGGCCAUCGACCAGUACACCGUCGACCAAUGCGUCGAAUUUCAACUCCAAUACCUCCCAGCAGCGACGUCGUCCCUCGUCUCAUACAUCGCGGCAGGCUCCACGGCCAACCCGACACAUUUGUUCAACACAAAUCUCUACGACACGGAACUGAGGACCCUGAGCCAGGCGUUUUGGAUAGAGCACAGGGAGUUCUUCAGACACAUAAUAGCCAACUCAUGGACAAUGUUUCCCAUCGGCGUGCGGGGCCACUUCCUCCUGGCCAUCAUACGCGCCACACAGGCCUACACGCCCGAACAGGGGUAUAUCGCAAUGAUAGAUGAUCUGGUCGUGUUGGACCCACUUAGGGACAAGGCGGUGGAAACCUUUGCGUACGAGCGCCUGCGGUACUACAUACUCCUCCCGACAAGAGGGUUUGAGUUUGCAGGCAAGGAGCCGGCGAGUCUCUGGUACCCAGAGCACGGCGUGCGCGCCUCCACAUGUGGGCUUAGGUUUUACGAGAUCGUUCGGGUCAUGAUUGAGAGGAUCAGCCAGUCGGUUGGGGAGAAGGGCCUCAGGGUAGAUUUUGAUGAAAGCCCAAUUUGGCGAGACUUGAGCGGCGACUUCCAAGCCGACAAGGUGCGGGCCGAGAUGAUCGGGAUAAUGGCGAACCGCGCGAUGCGGGCAACGGACUGGACGACCAGGAUAUGCCUCGUCCCCGUGAGCCACGUCAAGAACCGCACCUUGGACGCCGAGCGGGGCUCCUGGGUCCCGACCGGCGAGCACGGGUCCAGGCUGUACCUCGUGGGGUACAACACCGACAUGCAGUACAACAACUUAGAAGAACAUCCCGCUCGUCACAGGCAUUAUGCCGGACCCCCCUCUCCCUCGUCAUACGCGAGAGGCAUCCCCGGAAGACAUGCCGACGCCAACCAUGGCGGCACCGAGUUUGCUGUCGAGAACCCCAGCUAG